CGCUAUCUGCUUAUUCCCUCCAUUUCGCGCUCGUCAGAAACGAUGGGAUACCAACCGGCGGAUUUUGAGCAGGAGGCUUAUGCCGCCGUCCAAAACCUUCUAUCACAGUGGAGUAGCACAUAUUUUGCAAAGGAGGAAGCAGUUUCCAAGGCCGAUGACAGCUCUCCGGGUAUGAAGUUACCUCCAUUGGAAUGGAAGUACAAUGUUCGCCACAAGGGAACCAUUGAUCGCGGGACGGAGAAGGCCGUCCAGUUUUUGACGACCUGGAGUCAACCUGCAGAGAGGGAGCCUGUUCCGAGAGCUACGGCCAGUGCCUGGGUGACGUACAGAAAGUAUGUCCCAGGAGAUGAAAAGCGACCGGUGACGGCCCCAGUAGUAUCGCUUUCAUACCGAUAUGAACAUCAUAGGUUUUCCCAUAAGGCACCAAACCCCAACAACUGCUUCAUCCUCCCAGGCGUUUGCGGUCCCAUCGAAAGGGCUCCCCAGCCUGGUAACAUCUAAACUGCAAAUAUCGGACGCAAUAGUCAACCGCAAACUUUUACAAAGAAAAACAUGGAGGGAAUGGGGAGAGGAGGCGGAAAUGGAGGGACGAGAAGGAGAUGAGAUCAAAAGAGGCUCGGGAGAUGAACAUGCGACAAGAGUAAACAGUCCUGAGGUAUAUCGAAUAUCACCCUGGACGCGAGCUGCCAUGUUUGCCAGAGACGAUAUGGUCCGUGAUGCGGUUGCAUGUCGAGAACAAGAGCGUGAGGAAGGAGUAGGGCGCCCAUCCAUCGCUUCACGAGAGCGUGUUCGCCCCGUUACUGCGGCCACAUUAAUGAAUAGGUCAUUUCUCACAGCGGCGGAAAUUGCCAUUGCACCUAAAGCACCAGAGGACUGGAAAGUGGAGACCCGCAAUGCGGAUGCACAAGACUUGAGAGUGGAUAGAGAGAAGCGCAUCGCACGAAGAAGGGCCAGAGAGGAAAGGAGAAAGCAGAUGGAAGAAGAAGCUAUUGCCAGACUGCGGGAGGAACAGGAAAGACUGGAGCGUCAAAAGGAACUUGAAGAAGAAGCAGAGCGGUUAAAGAUGAUGAUGGAAACCAAAAAGUCUCAAGAGAGCGGAUCUUCAGCUUCCCUGGCAGGGCUGGCAGCAGCAAAUUCCCUAGUCAGUAUGCGCCCUUCAUCUGGCCGGAGAGAAACCGACUCGGAUCAGAUACACCGCAUCAUUCCAUUGUCUGGUCAACCUGGGCUACCUUUCACUGGCGUGAAUGGCAAACGUCACAGCUUGACAACUGCGGAGCUCCUUGCAGCUGCAUCUAUGGCAGUCGCAAUGACAAACGAUAGCGACGCAAAUUCCGCCAAAAGUUCCGGAACAGCACAGUCGGGCCCGCCCUCUCAAUUUGUGAGCAAGCAAAGUAGUCGACGUGAGUCAGUCAAUGCAGUGGGUUUGUCAAUGGAACCAUCCGUGGACGAAAAUCAAACGCCACAUUUUGAGCCGGAACAUGGCGCGCUCUCGGAAAAUGAGCCUAUCGAGACGGAAACUAUCGAGAGGGAAAUUGUCGAGACGGAAACUUUUGAGGCAGAAACAAUAGAAAUCCCGAGAGAUGACAACGACGACGACGACGAAAAGUCCGCAGUAGUUAAUGAGACUGACGCAGAUGAUAUCGGGAUGACUACAACCGGGCCCCAAGAGAAGGAAGAAAAAGAGUUUCAGAAAAAAGAUAUCCCGCCGCCAGUAUCAAACGAGUUUACCACCAACGACAUGGCGACUGUCAGAAUGGCGGGAGCGGACGAUAUGGGAGAUAUUAUCGCCGAUAGCCCAGAGGAUGCCAAACCUGAACAAGAUACCAUGCCAACAGGCAGUACGCUGAGCCUCCAUAGCGAUGAUGGGAGUGUUUUUGAGAUUCAGAGAGAUGAUGAUAAUGUUGAUGAGGACGUUACAGAUAUUGCAGUAGAUUAGAAACGUGGCUUUUUGCAAUGCAUUUUGGAUGAGUUUAUGUGUGUAAAGGUUAUUUUAUCGCAUUCUACAAAUUUCAUUAAACAUCAAAAUCUUUACGCGCAGUGAAUUUGUUGCAAAUGGAAACUUGCUAAUCAGGAAAAUGUUUUGCGUGCAGAGUUAAAG